GACUUAGUGCGUCCGGGAGCUCUUUCGCCUUUCUCUUCGUGGGUUCACAGGGCCUUUGGAGAGAGAAUUUCCGCCGUUCGAGUCACCUUGACUCCGUCCCUGGAGUCCUCCCGCUUCUAGGACUUGGCGAUUCCUGAGAGUUCUGGAGACAUCUGCCUCCUAUCCUUGGCCCUGUGGGAAGAGGACCACCCACUCCCUGAAGCCUUUUCCUACCACCCCCUCCAGCUUUCCACCACAGCCUUGCCUCUCCGACCAUGACCGCCACAACUACUCUUUCCUCUUCGUUGAACACAGUGCCACAUUGUUCAGGUCUUUCUAGGGACCCAGUCUGCCUUCAGGAAGAAAAGAUACAGGCAGAAAGGAUGGUGGCUGACUGCCUCACAAAUUGUUAUCAGGGUUCAGUGACCUUUGAGGAUGUAGCUGUGGACUUCACUCAGGAAGAGUGGACUUUACUGGACACAACUCAGAGAAACCUAUACAGUGAUGUGAUGCUGGAGAACUACCAGAACCUGGCCACAGUAGUAUGUCAGAACAUCAAACCCAGUCUGAUCUCCUGGUUGGAACAAGAAGAGUUGAGGACAUUUGAAAGAGAAGUACUCCGGGGAUGGGAAAUGCAACUUGAAGCCAAAUGGUCAGCACUUCCGCAGGAAUUUUUCAGGGGUCAAACAUCCAAUGGGAUACAAAAGUCAGGAAGCCACAAUGGAGGAGAACUCUGUGACUGUGAGCAUUGUGGAGAAGUCUUCAGUGAACACUCAUGCCUUAAGACACACUUGAGAACUCAAAAUACAGGGAACACUUAUGACUGUAAUCAGUAUGGAAAAGACUUUCUUAUUCUGCACAAUAAAAUCUCUACUGGAGAGGAACUUUCUGAGUUUAAUCAGAGUGGAAAUAUUUUCAGCCUGACACCAAAUAUUGUGUACCAGACAACUAGCACACAAGAGAAACUCUUUGAAUGCAGUGACUGUGGGAAAUCCUUUAUUAACCAGUCACACCUUCAGGCACAUAUGAGGACUCACACUGGAGAAAAACUCUAUGAAUGUGACAAAUAUGGGAGAGGUUUUAUUCGCGCCACAAGUCUUGCUGUGCUUAUAGAAACGCUCAAUGCAAAAAAACCCUACAAAUGUAAGGAAUGUGGAAAAGGCUAUAGAUACCCUGCAUACCUCAGUAUUCACAUGCGAACCCACACUGGGGAGAAGCCCUAUGAAUGUAAGGAAUGUGGGAAAGCCUUCAAUUAUUCCAAUUCAUUUCAGAUACAUGGACGGACUCACACUGGAGAGAGACCCUAUAUAUGUAAGGAAUGUGGAAAAUCCUUUACUCAGUACUCAGGCCUUGCUAUACAUGUACGAUCUCACAGUGGAGACAGGCCCUAUGAAUGUAAGGAAUGUGGGAAAGCCUUCCUUACAUCCUCUCGCCUUAUUCAACAUAUACGAACUCACACUGGAGAGAAGCCUUUUGUAUGUGUCAAGUGUGGGAAAGCCUUUGCUAUUUCUUCAAAUCUUAGUGGACAUUUGAGAACUCACACUGAAGAGAAGGCCUGCGAGUGUAAGGUAUGUGGAAAAGUAUUUGGGUAUCCCUCACGUCUUAAUAAUCACAUGCGAACUCAUAGUGCCCAAAAACCAUACACAUGUAAGGAAUGUGGGAAGGCUUUUAACUAUUCCAACCACCUUAAAAUUCACAUGCGAAUCCACACUGGAGAAAAACCCUAUGAGUGUAAACAAUGUGGGAAAGCCUUCAGUCAUUCCAGUUCAUUUCAAAUACAUGAAAGAACUCACACUGGAGAGAAACCCUAUGAGUGUAAGGAGUGUGGUAAAGCAUUCAUAUGUUCCAGUUCCUUUAGAAUUCAUGAAAGAACUCAUGCUGAAGAGAAACCCUAUAAAUGUCAGCAAUGUGGCAAAGCCUACAGUCAUCCCCGUUCACUUCGAAGACAUGAGAGAACUCAUAGUGAGAAACCCUAUCUCUGUAAGCAAUAUGGGAAAGCCCUCAUUUCUGCCAGUUUUCUUGGAAGAUGUGAAUGAACUCACACUGGAGAGAAACCCUAUGAAAAUUAUUUAGUUAAAAUGAGUCUGUUAGUGUAGAGCCCUAAUCCAAUAUUGCUGGAGUCCACACACACAAGAGACACACACUUAAGACCAUGUGAAGUCGUUUAGAAUGGACAUCUGCAAGCCAACGACAGAGGACUAGAACAGGUUUUUGUGUUAAGGUCUCCAGAGGAAACCAACCCUGCCAGCACUUUGGACUUCGAACCUCCAGAACUGUGAGCAAAUAAAUUUUUCCAGUGUUUAAGCCACUCAGUCCAUGGUAUUUUGUUCU